GGAGGUUCCACUGUCAGACCGAAAGAGACCACCCAAUCCCUGUGAAGGCGGAACGAGCGGAAAGUCGAGAGAAGCGGAGCGCGGCAUCACCGUACAGUGCAGCCCCCGGGGCCCCUAGAGCGAGCAGAGCCACGUCAGCCCUUGUGGGGAGCCCGGGGGAGGGGAAAGGGGCGGACCCGGAACAGGAAGUGUGACAGCCCCGCCCUUUCUCAGGUUUGAAUGGUGCUGAGCUGGAAGCUGACAGAAGAGCAGGAACAUGAAGGCCUUAAUCCUGGUUGGUGGCUUUGGGACCCGGCUCCGCCCCCUGACUCUGAGUGUCCCCAAACCAUUGGUGGAUUUCUGUAAUAAGCCCAUCCUUCUGCAUCAGGUGGAGGCUCUGGUGAAGGCGGGGGUUAAACAUGUGAUUCUGGCCGUCAGUUACAUGUCAGACCUGCUGGAGAAGGAGAUGAAGGAGCAGGAGAAGAGGCUGGGGAUCCGAAUUUCCAUGUCCCACGAGAAGGAGCCGCUGGGCACAGCCGGGCCCCUCGCUCUCGCCAGAGACUUACUGACGGAAAACGCAGAGCCUUUCUUUGUGCUGAACAGCGACGUCAUCUGCGACUUCCCCUUCGAAGAAAUGGUUCGCUUCCACCGGCAACACGGGAAGGAGGGGACCAUUGUGGUUACAAAGGUGGAGGAACCCUCGAAGUACGGCGUGGUGGUAUACGAAGGAGAGACGGGCAGAAUCCAGCGAUUUGUCGAGAAACCGCAAGUCUUCGUCUCCAACAAGAUCAACUCCGGAUUAUAUAUCUUCUGCCCGUCUAUACUGAACCGGAUCCAGCUGCGCCCGACGUCCAUUGAGAAGGAGAUUUUCCCUGCCAUGGCUGAGGAAGGACAACUAUUUGCAAUGGAGCUACAAGGGUUUUGGAUGGACAUCGGGCAACCCAAAGACUUCCUGACCGGCAUGUGCAUGUACCUGCAGUCUGUGAGACACAAACACCCUGACUGGCUCCACGCCGGGCCCGGUUUUGCGGGAAACGUCUUGGUGGAUCCCACUGCCAAGAUCGGGGAAAAUUGCUGCAUUGGGCCCAAUGUGACGAUCGGGCCAGGCGUGACGGUGGAGGACGGAGUGAGGAUAAAGCGUUGCACAAUCAUGAAGGGGUCUCGUAUUCGCUCACACUCCUGGCUGGAGUCCUCUAUAGUAGGGUGGAGCUCAGCUGUUGGACAAUGGGUACGGAUGGAGAACGUGACCGUGUUGGGCGAGGAUGUUAUUGUGAACGAUGAGCUUUAUCUGAACGGAGCCAACGUCUUACCCCACAAGUGCAUCGCAGAGUCGGUGCCGGAACCCCGAAUUAUAAUGUAGAGACGCCAUGGAACGCUCUAGAACUGCAGACUGAGAUUUUAUGUUAAUGUUUACAAGCACUGCUCUCCUUUACCCCACUGGAGUCCCCAGCAACCAGUGCCAAACUCACCUGAGAUCAGUACAGGGUGGGGGUAUCCCUUGUCUGCACUCUCUAUGGAGGGGAAAGAGGAAAGAAUCUCUCUUCCGAUCAUACUAUGGGGCAGGGGCGUUCUCUCUCCUGUACAUAGUAAUGGGGUGGUGGUGUCGUCCAAUAGACUCUCUUCCAUAGUGAGUUCAGAACUCUCGAUGGAGGAGAGAGCGGGGGUAAGGGUGGGGUGUGUCUCGCUCCUGUUCAUAGUAUGGAGGGGGGAGUCUCACUCCUGUUCAUAGUAUGGAGGGUUGGUCUAUGUCCUGUACAUUUGGGAGUCUCUCCCCUCCUUUUCCAGGGGGGAGAUUUCUCUCUCUCACUCCCCUGUACUCUGUAUUUGGGCUCUUUCUAUGUCUUAGUAUGUGGAAGGAGGGGUCUCUCUCUCGCCCUCAGUAGGCUGUUGGGGAACUGGGGGGAAAUCUCCUGUUUCUUCUUCACUCAGUAUACAGAAGGGUAUGCACAAUUGGGCAAUCUCUCUCCUGUACUCAGUAUAUGGUGGGGGGUCUUCCACUCUCAGUAUAUGAUGGGGUGUCCCCCUCUCCUGUACUCAGUAUAUGGUGGUGGGUCUUCCACUCUCAGUAUAUGAUGGGGUGUCCCCCUCUCCUGUACUCAGUAUAUGGUGGUGGGUCUCCCUCUGCCUGCAGUGGUUUGGGGGUCUUCCACUCUCA